GUGACACAACAAGGAAGUUCACCGUGGCUUCCCCCUGCCCUGCCUGUCUGUGUCUGUCCGACAGAACCAUGAAGAUAAAAUAGGCUGGAUGUUGGUGUUUCAGCAGGAGAAGAUGUUCGCGCGCUUCCUGGUCCUCACCCUGACUGCGUCACUCCCUCACGCACGCGCAUCGCUGCCCCUGGUCGUGAACACAUGGCCGUUCAAAAGCGCGGCGGCUGCAGCGUGGAGCUGCCUGCAGUCCGGCGGAUCCGUGUUGGACGCCGUGGAGCAGGGCUGCGCCCGCUGUGAGGCGGAGCAGUGCGACGGCAGCGUGGGCUUCGGGGGGAGUCCCGACGAGAACGGGGAGACCACGCUGGACGCCAUGAUUAUGAACGGGAACACGAUGGAGGUGGGGGCCGUGGCAGACCUGAAGAGAAUCAAAAAUGCCAUCGGAGUGGCACGAGCUGUGAUGGAGCACACGGAGCACACCCUGCUGGUGGGGGAGUCAGCCUCCGUGUUUGCUGAAAACAUGGGCUUUGUUGCAGAAGACCUGAGCACCAACACGUCUGUGAGCAUUUUCUCCCAGUGGCUGAGGGGAAACUGUCAACCAAAUUAUCGAAAGAAUGUCAGCCCAGAUCCUUUAAAGUCCUGUGGACCCUACAGGCCAGAGGGUGCAAGGACACUGGGCAAGAGGGCACGGCUCGUCAAUGCUCUAUCCCAUGAUACCAUAGGAAUAGUUGCUCUGGACCAGGAUGGCCACGUUGCUGCUGGAACAUCGACCAAUGGACUCACUCACAAGGUUCCAGGGCGAGUUGGGGACUCCCCCAUCGUUGGAGCAGGCGCCUACGCAGACAGCUCAGCCGGCGCCGCUGCUGCAACCGGGGAUGGAGACCUCAUGAUGCGCUUUCUGCCCAGUUACUUGGCCGUGGAGCUGAUGAGAACUGGGACCGAUCCCUCAGAGGCCUGCAAGACAGCCAUUUCCAGAAUCAAGAGGCAUUAUCCCGACUUUUUUGGAGCCGUAAUCUGUGCCAACACUACAGGCCAUUAUGGUGCAGCGUGUAACAAAGCCCCCACACUGAACCAGUUCCACUUCAUGGUAUCCAACCUGGAGUCCAACACCCCAGUCCUGAAAUCUGUCGACUGCUUUUGAACGAGCCCCGUUGCAAGCAGAGCUUCUGAGGAACUGCAUAUCCCAUCAUGCAUCUGCAGUUAAGCUGUGAACUUUUAAAAAGAGAAUUAAAGUUUCUUCUGGAA